AUGGCACAAAGUAUCAUCGAAGAAAAUGAAAUCAGCGAGUUGGAUGGUACUGAUCGCAUGUGUUUCGUCUCGUUGUACCUUGAUGUUAAAUCUAAGUUAACUCGCCAACUCAAUGCCACUCGUAAGUUUGAUUUAAACCCGCGUAGUUCAACAUUGCGCCAAUUUUCGCUCGAUGAGUCGCCAUAUUCUCAAACAUCGCUUCGUAAAACAAAAGUUCCCGAAAUUCAAUUACCAAAAUUCGUUGGUGCUUAUUCGGAAUGGCCAAAUUUCUUUUCGUUAUUCAAGACCGUUAUACAUAACAACAAUGAUUUAAGCAAACUAGAAAAAUUCCACUAUUUACGUGCAAGUUUAGGCGAAGCUGCCCUCGACACUAUAGUUUCAUUGGAACUCAACGAUGCAAAUUAUGAGGAAGCUUUGUUAUUGUUAAAAAAUCGUUUUGACAAUAAGCUAUUAAAUUUCCAAACUCACAUCAAAGAGAUAUUUUCCUUAAAUUGUGUUGAAAACGGUUCAGCUGUUAGCUUACGUCGUUUGAGUGAUAAAUUAAAUGCACAUUUACGUGCUAUGCAAACGAUCGGUAAUCAACAACAAAUUGCCGACGGGCUUUUAAUUUAUUUAGUGUCAACAAAAUUGGACACGAAGACUCGAAUGAAAUGGGAGGAGAACUUGUCAAUUAAUGAGUUACCAACCUGGAACUCAAUGUCAACAUUUUUAGAACGCAGGUGUCGUAUGGUUGAGAAUUUAGAAAACUCAGCUUUAAGUAAGUCCUCAAACCCACCUGGUUCCAAAAAACUUCAUCAACAAUAUCGUCAUGUUCAUGUCUCUACCGCCACUUCGUCGGCUUUGUGCACAUUUUGCGAUUCCAAAGAUCAUUUCAUCACUAAAUGUUCACUUUUUGGAAAUUUGUCCCCUUCCCUCCGUUUUAAAGAAGCAAAAAGACUGAGGUUAUGCCUAAAUUGUUUAAAAAAAGGGCAUAUGCUCAACAGCUGUAUUUCAGGUAAUUGCCAACAGUGUUCUUUGAAACACCACACAAUGUUGCACAUCGAGAAGGUUAAGACAGAUGAACCCACAAAAUCUUCGGCGGAUCAAACAGCUCCAACUACUUCGCAAGCAGUACUGAUUUCUUCUGGCCCACCUCAUUUCACAAAGACGCCAUCCUCGAAUGUUUUGCUGGCUACUGCAAUUGUUAUGGUAAAAAAUCAAUUCGGAUUUUUUGUACCUUGUCGUAUUAUAUUAGAUUCUGCAUCGCAACUCAGCCUAAUCACAAGACGCUUCGUAAAUCAACUUUGUUUAAAAUGCAAUCGGAUUCAGGCAAGUAUCUCUGGAAUUGGCGAUGGAGGUUAUACUAUAGAUAAAUCUGUUGAUAUUGUAAUAAAAUCUUUACAUGGAGAUUAUUCAACCACGCUAACUGCGAUGGUCGUCCCUAGCAUAACGGAUUACCAACCUGAUUUUAACAGAAAUAGACCAGAAUGGAAUAUUCCCAAAAAUAUAGAGCUCGCAGAUCCCUCUUUUGACAAAUGUGGUCGUAUCGAUGGUUUAAUAGGUGCCGAGUUGUUUUUUGAUUUAAUGUCAGUUGGACAAGUCAAAUUAGCUGAUAAUCUACCGGUGCUGCAAAAAACAUUAAUAGGUUGGGUAGUUGCUGGUGGUGGUUUUCGUACCCAACAUUACAGGUCGUUGGCUGUCAGUUGUAAUACGUUCGAGCAAGAGAAUCAAUUGUGUUCCAUCAUAAAAGGUUUUUGGGAAGUUGAAAACAAUUUUGAAAUCAAUCCACUAUCAAUUGAAGACAUUCAUUGCGAAAAUCACUUUUUGGAAAACACAGUCCGUCUUAAUACUGGCGAGUUUUCUGUGCGGUUACCUCAGAUCGAAGGGCGUGGUGCGGAUUCACUUGGCGAGUCGUAUAGCCGAGCUCUACAUCGAUUUAAGACUCUGGAAAGGAAACUCAAAAAGCUCCCGGAUAUUAAAGCACAAUAUGCAGAAUUUAUGAGUGAGUACAUUGCAUUAAAUCACAUGUCGUUAAUUUCUCCACAGAGCGAACCAAAGAAAUAUUUUCUCCCACAUCACUGUGUGCAUAAAAUAGACAGCACAUCUACAAAAUUAAGGGUCGUUUUUGACGGCUCUGCAAAAACAACAAGUGGUUUGUCGCUCAACGAUAUUUUGUACGCUGGUCCAACUAUUCAGCCCAAACUAUUUAACACCCUAUUGCGGUAUCGGUUUUUUAAGGUUGCCCUAAGUGGAGACAUUUGUAAAAUGUACAGGUGUGUUCGAUUGUCUUACCCAGAUGACUAUUUACAAUGUAUACUGUGGAGAGCAGAUGAAAGUGAGGAGAUAAAGACAUACAAAUUAAACACUGUUACCUACGGUACAAAGCCCGCUGCAUUUUUGGCAAUCCGCACCAUGCACCAACUCGCAACUGAAGAAGAAGGUAAAUUUUCAUUGGCUGCUAAAAUAGUAAGACGUGACUUUUAUGUAGAUGACAUGAUUUCUGGUGGUGACACUGUCGAAGAGGCUAUGGAGAUAAGGCAACAGGUAGCAGCUUUACUACAAACUGGCAAUUUUUUCAUAAGGAAAUGGUGUUCAAAUGUUCCUGCAGUCUUGAAUGAAGUACCUCCAGAUCAAUGUGAACAAUUUUUAAAAUUUAAAGACGGAACAGAUGUUACCAAAACACUUGGACUUGUUUGGGAUCCAAAGAGUGAUAACUUCAUCUUUUCGUUUACACCUGUUGAUAAUUGUAAAGUUAUAAAUAAACGAUCCAUUUUAUCAUCAAUUGCUCGUCUAUAUGACCCUCUCGGUUUAAUUGGUCCAGUCAUCACAAAGGCCAAAAUCUUCAUGCAGCAUUUAUGGAAGCUUCAACUACAGUGGGAUGAAAGUCUCCCACAAUCGUUACAUUUGUCAUGGCUCGAAUAUAUUUCGAAAUUUGAUUCUAUCCAUUAUUUCACAUUUCCUCGCUAUGUUUCAACGCCAAAUUCAAAAAUAGAAAUUCAUGCAUUUUGUGAUGCCAGCCUAGCUGCUUAUGGUGUUUGCGUAUACAUUCGUACUGAACUCGAUGGUGUCGUAAAGUUAUCAUUGCUGUGCUCUAAGUCGAGAGUUUCACCCCUCAAAAGUUUAACGGUACCAAAACUUGAGCUUUCUGCAGCGUGUCUUCUAGCUGAACUCGUGGAUGUAAUUAUCAAUACCUUACCGUUCGAUUGUGUUGUACACUGUUGGUCAGAUUCCAUGGUAGUGCUGUCGUGGCUUCGAGAGCAGCCAUCAAAUUUCAACGUUUUCGUUUCAAAUAGAGUUUCUCGUAUACAAACACUCACUAGUCAAAUGUCGUGGCAUUAUGUUCCUACAAAGUUAAAUCCAGCUGACAUCUUAUCAAGAGGUGCAUCGCCUGAAGAACUGUUAAAUUCUACCCUAUGGAGUUGUGGACCAAAUUUUUUGCGUCAUGAACCAUCAAUGUGGCCAGAUAGUGUCGACGGUUUCGCUGUCGGAUUUGUCGAUACAAUAGGCAAAAAUGCAGUUUUAACACCAAGUGACAUCAAAAAUGGAACACAACUUUUAAUCAAAAAUAUUCAGCUAACACAUUUUGCUCCUGAAUACAAAGUAUUAAAAGCAAAUCAAAACAUAUCGUCGUCUAGCAAGCUUUUUUCGUUGAUGCCCAUAAUCGAUUCCAUUGGCUUAAUUCGUGUCGGUGGCCGACUUCAGCACUCAAUUCUAGAUUUUGAUGCACGCCAUCCAGUCAUUCUACCCAAACAACACCCAUUUACAAAGUCGUUGGUAAUGUAUUAUCACCAGAAGCUGUUACAUGCUGGCCCACAAUGUUUGUUGGCUUCAAUUCGUCAGCAGUAUUGGCCCCUUGGAGGACGAAAACUUAUUAGCUCCAUAAUUUCUAAGUGCUUGCGUUGUUAUAAAUUGAAGCCAAAAUUGAGCCAGCACGUUAUGGGAUGCCUACCACCCGAUCGAGUCAGGCCAAAUAAUGCUUUUCAUACAACUGGAGUGGAUUAUUGUGGGCCGUUUUAUUAUAAAUCUGAAGUGAGAAAUCGUCCACCAGUUAAAUGCUAUAUAUCGAUUUUUAUAUGCUUUUCGACAAAAGCGUCUCAUUUGGAGGUCGUCCAAGAUUUAUCGACGUCAUCGUUUUUGUCUGCCUUGCGUCGUUUUGUUGCGAUUAGGGGCAAACCCAAGGUAAUUUGGUCGGAUAACGCAACAAAUUUCGUGGGAGCCAAAAAUGAGCUGGCUGAGUUAAAACAGCUAUUUUUCAGCCAAUCACAUCAGAAAGCGCUCCAGCAGCAAUGCCUUGAAGAUGGAAUAGAAUGGUCAUUUAUCCCUCCUAGGUCGCCCCACUUUGGUGGAUUGUGGGAGGCGGCUGUUAAGUCUGCAAAAUUACACUUCUAUCGCACAGUUGGCCUCAAUAAAUUGACGUUUGAUGAGUUGCGCACCUUAAUAUGUGAAAUAUCUGCAAUUUUAAAUUCUCGCCCGCUAUGCCCCAUUUCGGAAGAUCCCAAUGAUCUUGAGGUUCUGACACCGGGGCACUUUCUAAUUGGUGGCCCUCUAAUUUCCAUAGUUGAACCCAGUAUAACCGAUUUAGACAUAAGCCGUUUGAGUAGAUGGCAAAGAGUUUGUCAAAUGAAGCAGAUUUUUUGGCAAAGGUGGAGCAACUCCUAUCUAACUUUACUACAAGAGCACACAAAGUGGCGUGAACAAACUGAAAAUAUCGUUAUUGGAUCAAUGGUCUUAUUGAAAGAUGAAAAUCAACAGCCCUUAAAAUGGCAAAUAGGUCGUAUUACUGACGUCAUACGCGGUGAUGAUAAUGUAGUUCGUGUAGUGAUGGUUCAAACUAGCAACGGAUUAAUGAAGCGUGCUGUAUCAAAGGUAGCAGUCUUGCCAAUAGACUCAUUGGUUGAAAGCCGUAGUCUUCCAACGGGGGGAGGAUGUUGA